AUGUCAUUGAACUCCACAACAACACGACCCAACACGACCAUUCUUCUUCUAACUUCUCUCCUCCUCUCGCAGGGACCUCCACACGAACGUUCUCUCUCUCAUUGGACAAACAUUCUCUUACAAAAGAUUGACAAUCUUCAAAAGAAACAAUCAUCCAGUAACUCUCAAGAGGUCAUUUCGCGCAUGAUUCUCCAACGAGUGGAACAAGAAAUGUCUAAAUCCAUUCAACUCCUCCAACAAAAGUCUCUCCUCCUUAGCAACUCCAAGCACCAAAUUCACACCAUAUCCACAACCACCAAGACUUCUCAAAAAUCAUACAAAAUUGAAUACUUCUUUCCAUCCUUUUCCAAGAUCGACCAACUUUGUUACGACUCUCAAGAAGGUUUGUCCUAUCUCACUCCUCACCAAGAUGCUUUUGAAAUUGCGAUCAUUCUUCUUGAAAAAUUGAGCUACUUGUACAACAGAAACUCCAGAACUUUUUAUAAUAGUCGUGUUCAAAGUAAUAAUACUGCUACUACUACUAACAAUCGUAAUCAUGCAAGUCCUAGUAAUGACAUCUCUAAUUAUCCUCUUCACAUUAUUGAUGGAACAGGAGGGCUCGGUGGAAAUACCAUUGGAUUUCUGAGAGCUCUUUGGAGUUUGUAUCCUUCACAGUUGGUGUCAAAGACUCGAGUGACCAUGAUAGAAUUAGAUCCAAAACGGUUUCUCGAUGGAAAACAUAAUGCCCAGCUCUUUGUGGAUGAUUACAAUGAAAAGAAUUCCAAUCACCAGAGAGUAUUCAAGAAUUUUCAUGCCGUGAAUGAUAACUUUUUAACAUGGUGGGAAGAAUUUAAAGUUUCAUUCAAGACGAAGAACGUUUCUUCUAAAGAUGAGAAGAAAAAGAACGAAGAAGAGGUGCACGUGAAAGGUCAAAACGAUGAGAAGAACAACAGAGGCACCACUUCAAUUCCUCCUUCUCCUCCUCCUCCUCUCAGCAAGACAUUUCUCUUUUUUGAUCCACCUUGGGGAAAUGACGAUUGCGGUCAACAUUCAGUCAUUGAAGAUUUGUACUUUUUAAAACCACGAUCAGAAUGUUCACAACAACACGAUCCAGCAAAUACAACCUCCUCUGGUAGUAGUAGCUCGACCUCUCCUCCUCCUCGACCAUCCUCAUCCUCCUCCUCCUCAUUAGAAUCCUCAUCCUCCUCCUCUCGUGAAUCAUCAUUAUUAGCAAGUGUGAAACAAAUGACUCUCUCACUAUUGAAUGAAGAUUUGGUUCAAGGAGUGGCUCUUAAAGUUCCUUUUAAUUUUUCAGAGUCAAGUGGGGAAUUAUCGCAGCAUUGUCAUGUCGAGUAUGUUGUGAUGAAAAAGGUGAAAUAUAUUCUCGCCCUUAAUAAAAAGUAUGUGAAUAAGUAG